CCGCGCGUGCGCCCCAGGAGCCCUCAAGGUCCGCACCCCCUGGCGGGUCCCAGGCGCGGCCGGGCCGGGGGAACCGCUCUCCGGGGACGGAAGGAAGGGACUCCUCGCGGCUUGCUCUUCGGCAAGAUGUUGGGGUUUCUGCAGCGCCCCGUAGUGGUGACCGCGGAUGUCAACUUGAACGUCGUGGCUCUGACGGCGGUGGGGCUGCUGAGCCGGCUGUGGCGCCUCGCCUACCCCCGGGCUGUGGUUUUCGAUGAAGUCUAUUACGGGCAGUACAUCUCUUUUUACAUGAAGCGGGUCUUCUUUCUGGAUGGCAGUGGACCGCCCUUUGGCCACAUGCUGCUGGCCUUGGGAGGUUAUUUGGGAGGAUUCGACGGCAACUUUUUGUGGAACAGAAUUGGAGCAGAAUACAGCAGCAACGUGCCCGUGUGGUCCCUGCGCCUGCUGCCGGCCCUCGCAGGGGCCCUGUCGGUGCCGAUGGCCUACCAGAUCCUGUGGGAGCUCCGUUUUUCUCACUGCGCCGCCAUGGGAGCCGCCCUGCUGAUGCUCAUCGAGAAUGCGCUGAUCACGCAGGCCAGGCUGAUGCUUUUGGAAUCGCUGUUAAUAUUUUUUAAUCUACUGGCCGUGCUGUCCUACCUGAAGUUCUCCAACUCCCAAAAGCACAGGCCCUUCUCCCCGAGCUGGUGGCUGUGGCUGACGCUGACCGGAGUGGCCUGCUCCUGUGCCGUCGGCAUCAAGUACAUGGGCAUUUUCACUUACUUGCUGGUGCUCGGAGUCGCCGCCGUCCACACCUGGCACCUGAUCGGAGACCAGGCUCUGUCAAACGUCUGUGUGCUGUGCCACGUGCUGGCCCGCGCAGUGGCUCUGUUGGUCGUCCCGGCCGUCACGUACCUGCUGUUCUUCUAUGUCCACUUGACGCUGCUCUGCCGCUCCGGGCCCCACGACCAGAUCAUGUCCAGCGCGUUCCAGGCCAGCCUGGAGGGGGGGCUGGCUCGGAUCACGCAAGGCCAGCCCCUGGAGGUGGCCUACGGCUCACAGGUCACUCUGAAGAGCGCCUCGGGCAAGCCUGUGCCCUGCUGGCUCCACUCCCACCCGAGCACCUACCCGUUGAGCUACGAGAACGGCCGGGGCAGCUCCCACCAGCAGCAGGUGACCUGUUACCCCUUCAAAGAUGUCAACAACUGGUGGAUUGUCAAGGACCCCGGGAGGCACCAGCUGGAGGUGAGCAACCCGCCGAGGCCCGUGCGGCACGGGGACGUGGUGCAGCUGGUGCACGGCAUGACCAGCCGCCUCCUCAACACGCACGACGUGGCAGCCCCCCUGAACCCCCAUGCGCAGGAGGUGUCCUGCUACAUCGACUACAACAUCUCCAUGCCCGCCCAGAGCCUCUGGAGGCUGGACAUCGCGAACAGGGAGUCGGACGCUGAGAUCUGGAAGACCAUCCUGUCGGAGGUGCGCCUCGUGCACCUGAACACGUCCGCCAUCCUGAAGCUGAGCGGGGCCCACCUCCCUGACUGGGGCUUCCGGCAGCUGGAGGUGGUUGGGGAGAAGCUGUCCCGGGGCUACCACGAGAGCGCCGUGUGGACCGUGGAGGAGCACCGCUACGGCAGGAGCCAGGAGCAGAGGGAGAGGGAGCUGGAGCUGCACUCGCCAACUCACGUGGACGUCAGCAGGAACCUGAGCUUCAUGGCCAGAUUCUCGGAGCUGCAGCCACCCAGCAGGCCACGUUGCCAGGCCCCAGUCAAUCCGAUGGAGACCGGAAGCGCGGCUCCCUGGUCUAGAUGUGCCCUUAGACGAGCUGACUGGAGCCCCUGGGGCCGGCCACCAGCAGGUGCCUGGCUGCCUGACGGGCUCUGGCUGUUGCAGUGGAGGAUGCUGACGGUGAGGAGCGACGACUCGGAGCACAAGUACAGCUCCACGCCGCUGGACUGGGUCACCCUGGACACCAACAUCGCCUACUGGCUGCACCCCAGGACCAGUGCUCAGAUCCACCUGCUGGGGAACGUGGUGAUCUGGGCUUCCGCCGGCCUCGCCACCGCGCUGUACGUCCUGCUCUUCUGCUGGUACCUGCUCUGCCGCCGGAGGCGUGUCUGUGAGCUCCCCGAGGAUUCCUGGCUGCGCUGGGUGCUGGCCGGGGCCCUGUGUGCCGGCGGCUGGGCGGCAAACUACUUCCCGUUCUUCCUGAUGGAGAAGACGCUCUUCCUUUACCACUACCUGCCCGCACUCACCUUCCAGAUCCUUCUACUGCCUGUGGUCUUGCAGCACAUCGGCGAGCACCUGUGCAGGUCCCAGCUCCACAGGAGCCUGUUCGGCGCCCUGGUGGUGGCGUGGUACUCGGCCGCCUGCCACGUGUUUAACAUGCUGCGCCCACUGACCUACGGGGACAAGUCGCUGUCACCCAGCGACCUCCAGGCCCUUCGCUGGAAAGAGAGCUGGGACAUCCUGAUCCGCAAACACUAGCAGGACUGGCACGAGACAUCCGGGGUCGGGAACGGGACCGGGACCGGGACACGCUCGGGGGAGCUGGCCAGGCCUGGCGGGGGCUCUCCUCUGGUCCCCUUCACCUUAAGCACCUUAUUAUGCGGACAAUAAAGAACACGCUGUGCCCACAAAUCCCGGGGCCCUACACGGGGACACGUGUUGAGUGGCUAGUGUGGGGCUUGGCGACGGAGAGAUGGCGGGGAGUGGGAGUGACGGGCAUGAGGGUCAGACCAGACGGGCCGGUCUUGCUAACAGACACGCCUGGUCCUCCCUCCCGAGCACCCGCUGGCCCCGAGCUAGAGCCUCUGCCCCGGGGGGCCUCUAGGCUUUGCCCGGAACAGCUGAGUGUCAUUUGCCACUGGGCCGGCCGGGCAGGGCCUGUCUGAGUGAGGCGGUAACCCUGUGUCAACCCCCUCGCUGACUGCACACCCGUGAGGCUAACGAGCAGCGGACAGUCAAGGUGUGUCAUCUGUUCCUUGUCCUGAACUCGCCUUUGGUGUAAUUAAAAAGGGACCACUGCCCUGGCCAGCUUGGCUUAGUGGAGAGAGCGGCAACCUGCGGAAUGAAGGGUCCCAGGUUCCACUCCGGCCAAGGGCACAUGCCUGGGUUGCGGGCUCCAUCCCCAGUAGGGGGCGUGCAGGA